AUGCGUGCCAGCCUCGUCGCCGUGGCCCUGGCCGCCCUCGUCCCAACUUCCGUUGCGCUCGCCGCUCGCCGUCAAAACCAGGUCCUGGGCGAGUUCCGUCUCCACACGGUCAAGAAUUGCUCAGCGGGAACCACCGGGACCUUGAUGGCUUUUGAUGACCCGUGGCACCGUGAAUGCCAAAGGUUUACCGGCAUCCCGAUCCAGUCUCUCUUUGUUACUCGGCUGAGCGCGCAUUGCACGCUCUACCUGUACACGGAUGAAGAUUGCACCAUGGGCGAGCAAGAAGAUGCCAAGGAAUAUGAGUGCUACCACGGUGCUCCAUUUUGGAGGUCAUGGAAAAUAGCGUGCUAG